UAUCGCGAUGAUCGGAGGAGAGAGCGGAGGAGUCGGAGUCGGAGUCGGUACUGACGGGGAAAUAUUUGCUGAAUAAUUAAUAUAAUUUUGAAGGUAUGGAGGCAUCUGAGACCAGUGCCAUGGGAGGAGAGGGAAGAAUUCACAGACGAGGACGUUUCAUGAUGAAAAUACGACAGUCAUGUUUUGAACAAGCGGGCAUUCACGAGCAGCGUUUCUUCACAUUUUACAGUGUAAGUAAUUAUAUGGAAAUAAGAUAUUCAUUAUCACGUGUGGUGAAUUUUUAGGUUUCGUGGUCUGUACAUAUUCCAUGAAUUCGACCACGACAACUGUCGUGGCAAUAUCGACGUGUACCUAAUUACGGGGACCAAUUAAUCCCGGGUUGCUCUGG